GCGGGCGGCUCCGCCUGGCCUAGGGCUCCUGUGCCCCGCCCCGCUGCCCGAGCCGUUGUGGCGUCUACUUCCGGGCCCUCACCACCUUCAGCGAAACCAACGAGAAGAAACCGCCUGCAUGUAGAGCAGCCCGACCAGGAACGUAACCGAGUGGCGCGCGAACGUGAGAGGAAAGCCGUGCGCGGCUGCGCUUUACCGCCCCUGAGCCGCUCUAGACGCGGGAAAAAUGCUUUCUGAAAGCAGUUCAUUUUUGAAGGGUGUAAUGCUUGGAAGCAUUUUCUGUGCCUUGAUCACUAUGCUAGGACACAUUAGGAUUGGUCAUGGAAAUAGAAUGCACCACCAUGAGCAUCAUCACCUACAAGCUCCUAAUAAAGAAGAUAUCUUGAAAAUUUCAGAGGAUGAACGCAUGGAGCUCAGUAAGAGCUUUCGAGUAUACUGUAUCAUCCUUGUCAAACCCAAAGACGUGAGUCUCUGGGCUGCAGUGAAGGAGACUUGGACCAAACACUGUGACAAAGCAGAGUUCUUCAGUUCUGAAAAUGUUAAAGUGUUUGAGUCAAUUAACAUGGAAACAAAUGACAUGUGGUUAAUGAUGAGAAAAGCUUACAAAUACGCCUUUGAUAAUUAUAGAGACCAAUACAACUGGUUCUUCCUUGCACGCCCCACUACGUUUGCUAUUAUUGAAAACUUAAAGUACUUUUUGUUAAAAAAGGAUCCAUCACAACCUUUCUAUCUAGGCCACACUAUAAAAUCUGGAGACCUCGAGUAUGUGAGUAUGGAAGGAGGAAUUGUCUUAAGUGUAGAAUCAAUGAAAAGACUUAACAGCCUUCUCAGUAUUCCUGAAAAGUGUCCUGAACAGGGAGGGAUGAUUUGGAAGAUAUCUGAAGAUAAGCAGCUAGCAGUCUGCCUGAAAUACGCUGGAGUAUUUGCAGAAAAUGCAGAAGAUGCUGAAGGAAAAGAUGUAUUUAACACCAAGUCUGUUGGGCUUUUUAUUAAAGAGGCAAUGACUAAUCACCCCAACCAGGUAGUAGAAGGAUGUUGUUCAGAUAUGGCUGUUACUUUUAAUGGACUGACGCCUAAUCAGAUGCAUGUAAUGAUGUACGGGGUAUACCGUCUUAGGGCAUUUGGGCAUGUUUUCAAUGAUGCAUUGGUUUUCCUACCUCCAAAUGGUUCUGAUAAUGACUGAGAAGAAACAAGAGCAUGUAUAUGAUCACCGUGUAGGACAUGUGGUGUUAUUUGUAGUAACAACUGCAUAUCCAACACAGCAGUAUGUUUCUUUUUUUUUUCGUUUUCAGUUUGGUGGCACUGGUUUAUUCACACAUUGAAGUUUAGUAAUACAUUUUAAAAUAGGGUGGGGUUUUUUUCCUUAAAACACACAUGAGAAUUUCAACUGUGUUGGAAAGAAAUGUUUUAAUAAUAAUAAUUUUACAAAUAAAGAAUAUAUUUAUAAAUAAUAUAUUUAUGUGAUAAAUUCUAAAUUAUGAACAUUAAAAAUCUGUGUGGCACAUGUUUUUGCUGAUUGGUUAAAAAAUUUAACAUGUCUUUUUAGCUUUCUAAGAUAUGCAAAUGAAAUCUCUAGUUGUGAAUUUGUGAUUAAAGUAAAACUUUUAGCUAUGUGUUUCUGUUACUUCUAACGUUGGUUUAUGUUCUAAGCCUUCGCAAGUGCCAGUGGAUUUGCUUUCUCAAAAUACACAACCAAGCAAUAAAGGGAAUGUUCCCAACCACUGUUAAAGUGAAAGUUGAAAUCUAUCCCUGAGAGAAAAAGUGAAAAUUAAUUAUAAAGGUUAAUAAUCUUCCUGGGAGCUAAUUUAGUGGCCUCCUCAGCAUACACAGUUUCAGUGUAACCCUCUGUACUUCUCUAUGCAGAUAUUGAAGUUGGAGUGGUGACUGUAAAGAAUGUAAUGUCAUUUAACUGUAUUGUUUCCCAGUUAAUCAAGCUCUCAGCUGUGGCUUGGAUAAAAAUAUAUCAGUUGAGAUU